UUCGCGGACUGGCAGUCAGUUGAUCGCGGAGAUCGUCUCUUGCAACAUUAUUUCAGCGCCGCGGCUAUUGACACGAGUGGUGGUGGUGUAGGUGGUGGUGUUGGUGGUGUUGGUGGUGGUGAGGCUGCUGGAGGGACUCCGAGGCCUGUGGUCGGCUUGAUCCUGGACGGAUGUUUUGGACAACCUGAGUUUUAAUGUUCGCGACGGAAAGCCGGGGAAAUAUCGCUCCUGUAUUCCAAAACGGAACAUGUCUUUUUCAUGGCUGACUUGUUCACUUCUUCUGGGAACUUUAUGCGCAGGGUACAGUCUGGGCGAAGCAGAGACCCGGGAGUGUGUGUACUACAACGAUAACUGGCGUACAGAGAGGACCAACCAGAGCGGCUUCGAGCGCUGCGAGGGAGAGAAGGACAAGCGGCUGCACUGUUACGCCUCCUGGCUCAACUCCUCAGGGACCAUCAAGCUGGUGAAGAAAGGAUGCUGGCUGGACGACUUCAACUGCUAUGACAGGCAAGAGUGUGUCUCCAUGGAGGAAAACCCUCAGGUCUUCUUCUGCUGCUGCGAGGGCAACUACUGCAACGAGCGAUUCACCCACCUUCCUGACAUGAUUGGCAGUGGCAACCGAGUGAAAAUCCGGCCUCCGCCCCGAGUGCCGUCCCUGCUCAACGUGCUUGUGUACUCCCUGCUGCCGCUCUGCGUGCUGUCCCUGGCCCUCGUCCUGGCCUUGUGGAUGUACCGCCACCGCAAACCUCCCUACGGCCAUGUGGACCUGAGCGAGGAUCCUGGAGCCGCUCCUCCAUCCCCCUCAGUGGGUCAGAAGCCACUGCAGCUGCUGGAAAUCAAAGCAAGGGGGCGCUUUGGUUGUGUCUGGAAGGCCCAGAUGAUGAGCGAAUAUGUUGCUGUAAAGGUCUUCCCUGUUCAGGACAAGCAGUCGUGGCAUAACGAGCGGGACAUAUUCCUGACUCCGGGGAUGCGUCACGAAAACCUCUUGCGCUACAUCGCUUCAGAGAAGCACGGCAGCAACCUGGAGACGGAGCUGUGGCUCAUCACAGAGUUUCAUGAGAGGGGCUCAUUGACAGACCACCUGAAGGGUAACACCGUGUCCUGGAAUGACCUGUGUCACAUAGCAGAGACCAUGUCCCGCGGCCUGGCUUACCUCCAUGAGGACAUUCCUAGCUGCAAGGGAGAGGGGCCCAAACCCACCAUUGCACACAGGGACUUCAAGAGUAAGAAUGUGAUGGUACGAGAUGACCUGAGUGCAAUCAUUGGAGACUUUGGGCUCGCGGUGCGAUUUGAACCAGGAAAACCUCCAGGAGACACUCACGGCCAGGUGGGUACGAGGCGGUACAUGGCUCCAGAGGUGCUGGAGGGAGCCAUCAACUUCCAGCGAGACUCCUUCCUGAGGAUAGACAUGUACGCCAUGGGCCUGGUGCUGUGGGAGCUGGUGUCUCGCUGCACGGAGGCAGACGUUGGCGAGUACAUGCUGCCGUUUGAGGAGGAAAUAGGUCCGCAUCCCUCCCUGGAGGAUCUGCAGGAUGUGGUCGUGCACAAGAAGAUGCGUCCAGCCAUCAAGGACUGCUGGCUCAAACAUCCGGGUCUGAACCAGAUGUCCGAGACCAUCGAAGAAUGCUGGGACCACGACGCAGAGGCGCGAUUGUCCGCCGGCUGCGUCGAGGAGCGCAUCGGCCAGAUCGCCCGGACGAUUAGCAGCACUAUCUCAGACAGCCCCGUCUCCAUCGUGAUGUCCCUCACCAACGAGGACCUACCUCCCAAAGAGUCCAGCACCUGAACGGGGUGACACCAUCCUUCACCUGAGCUCCGGACUUUUUUUAUUUUUCAAAUCCAAACUCAGCGGAUCUCCGUGAAAUAUUUAAAAAAAACAUUGAAAAAAAAACAACAACUAGCAAGUUGAAUGCAGCUGCUAUUUUAUCCCACACUGGUAUUUUUUUCCUUUUUCUGUUUGAAUGUUUUCGUUUUUGUUUUGUGUGUGUGUGUGUUUUUAAUGUCAGAUCUUACUAACGCAUCCAUCUGCUGUAGUUUUGAAGUAGUAAUAAGUUAUGCGAUGGGCACAUCUGAUAACAACUGUGUUGAAUCUUAAAUUUCGUCAUUACCUCAUGUAUUUCUUUUGUGUUAGUAUAUUUUUAUUACCUCAUAAGUUGUUAUCUUGGUCGAUUUCCUGACUCGGUCAGGAUCGUCUGCGGCCAAAUGAAAUUAACCUCUGCUCCAAACCUCGGACGACGUGCUGCGCACCUCAGAGGAACCGUUUUGAGACUUAGACAAAAUAUUUUCAUCUUCCUCAGGGGUCGAAGCUUCUUGACUUUUAAACUCGAGUGUGCUCCCUGAUUUUUAAACCUGUGAAUGCCUCAGAAUGAAAAAGGAUUAAGACAAAUCGGGAGCACAGAUGUGUUUAAUGCAAGGGAGGAGCUCAAAUGGGAGCCGAGCAGUUAUAUUGGACAUUUGCGACUUUUUUUCGAAGAUUUGGGACAUGCCUCUUGUCCCCGGGGAACUACCUCUCAGGUAUCCAGAAGGCUUCUUUGGAACAUUUUCUCUAAGUUAAGAGCCAAGCUAUCCAGCUCGCUAUCAUGGACAUAUUCCUGGAUUUUAUUUUGUUUUUUUUUAAUUGUAGAAAAUCAGAGUUACUCCUUUGCUCGUGCCGGGGAUGCUGUCUGGAGUUCCAAUGUUACACAUUCUUGAUUUUAACUGUCUAUGUGUGGAUGAGUGAGAGAGAGAGAGAGUGUGUGUGAGAGAUAAUUUGAAGACGAAAUGAUGUUUGUUACAUAGUUUAUUCUUUUUCUUCUUCUUUUUAAGUAAGAAGCAUGGACGGAUAGUCUGGGUUUAUCCUUGCGAGGGCCAUACUUGAGUAAGCAACAUGUCUGUUCUUUUAUUUUGAUGGGUGUUUCUUCAGUAGACUCAGUCAGACACCAGUCCCCAGAUACCUCAAGUCACUGUACAUCAUGCAAGGAGAGCUCAAAUGGUUGCCUUUGUCUCAAAUGCAAUGCCAUAGUUGUACCAUAACAUAAGUACCAUACAUUGAAUGUCCGUUAUGCUGCUGUGACUAUUCCAGGAUACUCAAGGAUUUGUAGAUGUACAUGUAUUCUUUGUUGAUAUAACGCUAAUGAUAUUAUGUGAGGCUAAUAUUCUGUUUUUGUGUUUUUUGACUGGGUAAGCCCUCAGCUGCUUACUCCUCCAGACUGACCUCAGAUAUUCUGACAAGUACCUCAGGCUUUUUCUACAUGUAUAUCAAGUUGUGUUAUGUAUUUUAUUGUGUUUUAGUAGUUGAGAUAUUUUAUUGCCGGUUGGGCCUCUUUGUGGAGAUUUCUUUUUCAUUUUUUCUUCUUCUUUUUUUUUGUUUUGAAAAGAGCCUGACCAGUUUUCACGGUGUUAAUGCUGUACAAACCUAAAAAGAAGAGUCAGUUACUUGUAAAUAGACCCGUUCACACAGUUGCCGAACACUAAUCUGGUUUUUUUUUUCAAUACAAAAGCAGGGCAUUAUUGUUUUUAAUUUCACAAACGGAAAGGGAUUUCUCAGUUCUUCAACAUAUUUAAGUCAUUUUGACAACCAGCCCUUUGAUAUUUUAAAUAUAUAUAUGUAUCUAUAUAUAUAUAUACUUAUUUUUUUUCUGAAAAUGGUGGUUGUGUUACUGAUUUCUAUUAAUAAUGGUAUCAGUUCCUCUGAAUCAGAAGCUGUGUAGGUAGCACUUGCAUUAGAAAGCUUAGUGUGCGUAACAACAACAACAACAAAUCUCUGAUUGUUAGGUUCUGGCGGCUUCUCUGACUGGCCACUUGCUAGAAAUGCCAGUUUUUACAGUAUUACCUCAAUAAUUAACCCGCUGAUGUGAUGUUCAGACCCGUUUGGUGAUAGUUAAACCACGUUGGACGACACACAGGCUCAUCUGUUGUGCUUUGAUUGGUGUUGUGAAAGAUGGUGAUUUUAACAGUGCUCUGUGACGCUUGCUCCUGUGCAGUUUUGGUAAAGAACAUGUGUGUGUGGGGGGGGGGGAAAAAACAUCAAUCCAUACUGAAUAAUGUUUAAAGUAUUUAGGAAUCAUCAGCGACAUGAUUGAUAAUGCAUCCCCAUUGCAGUUCAUGUAAACAGUGGCAUGUGCGUGGUCCAAGAGUCCAGCAAUAUUUAUUAUACAGCAAUAGUCACUUGAAUAUCAAAGUUUAAGUAGUUAAACUCAGAUGUGACUUGGCAGUAUUCUUUUGUGGCUCAAUAAAGUACAUCUCAUCUCACCUGGAUCAUGUUCUAAUGAAGACACAUGUUAAAACCGCUUAAUAGAAUAACAUACUAUGGGUUUAUUUGUGUGUGAGCCGAACGUGACCCAGGUGCUUUUACAUAUUGUGCCAGGAAAACAACGAUCACGAAGGAAAAUCUGCCGUGACCGUUCGUUACCUCCAAAUGCUGUCUUACACCCAGCUCUUCUGAACAGAAAAACCUGUUACCUCGUGCAGUACCUCGUUAGUAACACUAACAUGGAGUCAGUCUCAUCUUCAAAACAAGAAAAGAAAGAAAAAAAAUAAUUAUCUUGUAUAUAUUAACUUGACAAAUGUAAAGGGUUUCUUCCAUUUCAUGUGUGAAUGAAAAACAAAAUCCUUUUUUUAUUUACUGUCAACAUAUUGCGUGAAUGAGUGUUUGACUGAAUAGUGUGAUCUUCCCUGUUGAUGUGAACUGUGUGUAUGCGGCGUGUGUGUAGUGUAAGUUGUUUGGUUUCACUAAAACAGUACGAAUGGUAACUUUAUCUGUGUUGAAAUGCUUAGAAUUAUAAACUAGAUGAGAAUACAUCCAUCUUUUUGUAUAUUGAAAUAAAGACGAACACUGAUUAACCAUGCAAAUAGAA